AUGAGAGCUGCACAGGGAAAACCUAAUCAUUAUGCAAGCACACGAACAUCAUUACAAUGUAUAUUAAAAAAUUCAUUAGGAAAAACUUCAAAAAAGCAUAUGAAACAAACAUUGCAUAGAAGAGUACAAAUGAAUUCUAUCGAAUGUCAGAAUGCGAUCAGCUAUAUCCAAAGGCUGCUGUUUUUGUAA